CCUAGAUAAGAUCUUAAGUAUACUUAAGAUAGGACAAUAUGUUUACAGCAAAAGAGCAAUAGAGCUCAGUUUUUGUUAUUAAACAUGAUGAUAUAAAAUACGAUAUUUGUAGUAGUUUCACAUUUUACACAGUAACCUUCACUUGUCGAGCGGGAGAGUCUAACGGGUUCAACAAGGCAAUAAGUUUCUGCUCGUCUUUUCUUGACCAAUGUCGAGGGAUUGGUAGCUUAGCUAAUAAGGCUAUCAUGAUGUUGGGGUGUGAGAAAAAAAAAAUGAUUUGGAGAAUUUACUCAAAGGAGGGGAAAGUCCCUUUCAAGUUUAUUUAAAAAUAUACCACUUGCAUUACAAUGUACAAAAUGUAGAACCGAACUAUACUUAAAGUACCCACUAUGUAGAGUUUAAUAACAAGUGUAAUAACAAGUGUAAGAACUGAUUUGAGCAACAGAGAGAAAUCACAUAUAUAAUUUCAAUCAAAUGAUUUCUUUCUUAUUUGACAAAAUGUGUGAGAACUUUUCCCAGUUCAAAAAGAUAAAAAUAUUUUAAUUUGAAUUGCUUACUUGCUCUGGCAAUGGGGGAGUUUUGCCAUAGCUUGAAACCCAUGAAUAAGGGGCAAAUUUUCAAAUAGCACUUUGUUUUAGACAGUUGCAUAUACUGUGCUACUGUAAUAGCAACCUGAUGGUCGCAUGGCUGAAUGUAUAAAUAUGCAUGUAGCUGAUAGACCAGUGUUAGCCAUGGAAGAGAGGCUUCAAUCACAGAAUACAAAUAAGAACUGCAGCCACCACUGUCUGAUGUGUGUGGGCACAGAGGCAGAUUAUAGGUUAGAGCAGGAUGUUUGUGUGUGUGUGUGAGAGAGGAGUGACAUUUACUUAGCUCUGCUCCUCCAGGCAUUCUGUGGCCCACAUUCUGAAAAGACAGAGCUGUACUAGUUGUCUGAGGAAACUUUAUGAUGACAGUAGUUUAAUGUAUGACAUUCUGGUUGACUAUCCUCUUACUCUGCUCCUCACUUGGUUUUAUAAGUUGCUAUUUAAAGACCAAUCUUUGUAUUCAGCAUCUUGUGGAACUAUCUUUGGUGACGCUGUCUUCUGCACAAAAGGAUUCAACAGCUGAACUGAGGAAAUUUGUGUGAAUUACUGAAUGAACAGGGAAACUGUCCAUAAUGAAUAAUGUUUUUUAUGACAUGUUUUACAGAGUUCAGUCAGAGGCAAAACUGAUAACUGAUGCAUGUUUCAAACAGAUUCUGAUGAGUAACUAACAGUAAAGCAUAAUUAGUUUAUUAUUUCCUUACAUUUGGUCAGGACAGUGAAUGUUAAUGAAUAUGUAUACAUGCUGUAAACACACUGGAUUGUAGUCAUGGUCUUGCUCUCACAUACACCAUCAUACACCACAUGGACAUGGAGACUGCAAGAUGGGUGAAGUGUCUUGCCCAAGGACACAAUGACAGUAUUCAUUGGUCAGAGUGGCACAGCGUUCUGCCGCCCAACUUCUCUUGGUGGUCUCUUUUCUAGUACCAGUACGGUUUAUGAAAUUAGGCAUUAACAAUGUGGUAUGGGGUAGUAUGGCUAUAAUCAAUGUAUACAUUUAUUUAUAUAAGCCUGCUCUACAAUGGGAGUAUUCUGUUAUUGUUGUGAAAACAAGACAGACCCCUUGCUAUUUUUUGCUCUGUCCUCUGCAUAAGCACAUCCUUACAGCUGGAUAUUUGAGAAGUGCUUAGCCAACCCCCAGGGGCCCUAAUGCAACACUCAUCGUUUUUCGUACAUCUGCUCAUAUCAUAAAAAUGCAAAUCUACAAAAAAUCUUUACACCUUGCUGUCAUGAAAUUGCGGCACAUGGGGCUAACAUUUUAUCCCUAACUUUUGUAGUCAGUCGUCUCUCUUAAUUAUUAUAUUGGUGCACAUUAUAGUCAUGGCAUGCUGAUACAAAAAUGCUUUUUGCGAUCCCAGUCUUUUUCUACAAUUGCCUACAGCUUUCCACAAAUCCUUGUAUACUCUAAUUAAACAGUUGUAAUUAUGGGUAAAUUUAAAAGGAAUGAUCUUGAUCAGUACACUAAGUACACUACGAUCACUAACUACAGUGUUAGCAGGUUUAAUUUAUAAGGCAGGGUAUUUUCUUAAUUACAGGGGAAAUUAUUUUAAAUAAUUGCUGUGUUUGUGAUUUGCUAAUUCCAACUAUUGAAAUUACUUUUGAGAUGCAUCUUUCAUCUUUAUUUUGCACUUAAUCUACUUGCCACAUAAACAUAAGCCUAUAUGUCUUCUGUUGUGCGGCGGGCUAAAUGUUGUACAUCGGGGCUUGUAUUGAUCCUGCUGUAAACCAAGCAGUUCAAAUCAUGCUUUCACUUCCCUGCUCGUAUUAAUUAUCAUCUGGUGAAUUACUCUGAGCUGUGCCACUGUAAAAUAAAGAUGAGUUGGUUGUGUGUUGGACCUUGAUAUCUUCCUCUGGCUGCCAGCUUUGUCGAUACCACACACUAUGGAUCAACUGUAGCCUUCCUUUUCCUCACAGACUGCUUAGGGUAAUGUGGGUUUUCAGCUCAUCCAAUUGACACAGCUGUCUCCACAAGGGCAAUAGAAGAGGUCGUCUGUACUGUAUUUUGGACACUGAUGACUGAAGUGAGUUCCCGGCUUAAAUGAGCGUCCCCUUUGCAAUAGUUAUUAUGAGAGGGAAGGGGCACAGUGCUUUUAUUUGUGAGUCACUGUGAACUUUGUGCGGGCUGCAGACCUUUGAUGUAAAACUUUAUUAAAGUGAAUGAGCCAACUUUUAAUCUAUAAUUCUUGGAAGCAUUUUUGUUUUACAGUGCAAGUGAAUGGUCUAGUGGUAUGUUAAUGUACUAUGCUCCCACCCCUUUGGCAUGAGUUGUUAGUUAGUUUGGGUCAGUUCAUUUUAUAUAAUAUAGCCUGCUUUUUCAAAGUAGUGACCGAAAGGACGAGAUCGCGGAUACAAGCGCUUGAAAUGGGUUUCCUCCGCAGGGUGGCUGGGUGCUCCCUUAGAGAUAGGGUGAGGAGCUCAGUCACACGGGAGGAGCUCGGAGUAGAGCCACUGCUCCUCCACGUCGAGAGGAGCCAGUUGAGGUGGCUCAGGCAUCUGUUUCGGAUGCCUCCUGGGCGCCUCCCUCGGGAGGUGUCCCGGGCAUGUCCCACCGGGAGGAGGCCCCGGGGAAGACCCAGGACACGCUGGAGGGACUAUGUCUCUCGGCUGGCCUGGGAACGCCUCGGGGUCCCCCCGGAGGAGCUGGAGGACGUGUCUGGGGUGAAGGAAGUCUGGGAGUCCCUGCUUAGGCUGCUGCCCCCGCGACCCGGCCCCAGAUAAGCGGAUGAAAAUGGAUGGAUGGAUGGAUGCUUUUUCAAACUGAGCACUGCCAGAAUUCCACUGGACCACAUUUGCAUGGAAGAUGAUUUGCUUCACUUCCAAGAGCCAAUUUUUGAAUUGACAGACCCUCUUGGGUGAGAAGCAGAAAGUUCCAUGUUAACUAGUCCUUGUACUAUAACUCACCUGGAUGACUGCUGGGAUUGUAUAGUUCAGUCUCCAAUGCCCUGUUGUUGUCACUAUAUUGUUGGAUUAUUGGACAUACAGUUUUUAAUACAAUGUUUUUUCCCUGUACAGAUAACAUGCAGAGCUUGUCUGCCCUGAGUAACCAUGGUGAUCAGAUGUUAUCACACCUCUCACCGUUUGUUUCAGACACGGGGGAGAAGACAUAGCUCUCACUUGGUGAUACCCAUACGGUAUCCAUGGUGAUACCCAUACUACUAGUAUAUCAAGGAUGAUACCCAUACAAUGUCCAUGGUGAUGCCCAUACUGAAUGAUGAAUGAUGCGCAUUCUAUAUCCACAAUUAUGCCAAGAGUGAGUAUUUUAUAUGUCUCAGACAGAGGGGUUAGGAGUGAGAGCAACAAUAUAAGCAGUGAACUUAAGUAACCUUAUCUUCAGAAUCAGACUUACUUUUAUUCAUCCCCAAGGGGAAAUUAUUUUCAUUAGACAUAUAGCCGACAAGAAGAAGAAUAGAGGGAUCAUCUCAUGCUCUGUGGUCUAUGUUCCUGUUUGUUAGAAAAAUGUGAAAGAGGUUCUGUGUUCUCACAGCUCUUUACAGUUGCACUCACUGUUUUAGCAUUAGCUGUUAGCAUUUAUCUUUUUCAUUUUGCACUGAAACUCGGAUUAAUAUAUCCUUAUUUUACCCCAGAUGUCUUUUAAGCUUUUAAUCAAAAAAUGAAUGGUCUUUUACCCCUACCCGGCCACAAAUGGAGCCCUCUUUAUGCGAUCUGAGCAUCAUAUUUAACACCUUAAUUUGGAGCUAUCUGUUUGAAAUCUUUGUUUAGGUACUCCCUGAAUUAAAUUAUGCAGGAAGUGGGUUAUUCUAGGUCAUUUUAAACAGCACAGCUCAUGACAGGGAGAUUGGUUCUAAUUCUUGGCUUGCAGAAUUUUUCUUAUGCAAUGACUACACACUGACAUAGCCUUGAAACAUACAAAGCCCUGGUGAAAGAGAUAAUGAAAUUACUAGUGGCCCUUGUGGACACAAUGAACCCUGCAAAGUCAUUCUGGGAGGGAACACCCUGCACCUUGGCAACUGAAAGAAGUAUAUAAAGCACCAUUUUAAUAGUGAGGAUGGUUUUUGAUUCAAAUUCAGAGAGAAAUAUUUAAAUAUACUCUCCAUGCACUCCCUCUUUCAUUCAUCUCUGCUGCUGGUUUGCUUUCAAUUAUUUCUGUUUCUCUUUCUGUCUGUAGUUGCUUGGACCAUUGGUGACCGCUCCUCUCAAUCCCCUUCUUAUCUAAUGAUUGAGACGGUUUUCUGCUGUAUGUCAAGGAGUUGCUUCAGGCUGAGCUGCUGCUGACUUUGCCAAAGCCCAUUUGCCGGAGGCUCUGCGCCAGAGGCUGCAGGCCUAUGAGCGGGACAAAGAGCGCGACAGAGACAAGGAGAAAGAUGAGAAGGAGAGAGGGGGACCUUCCUAUGCUUCAAUAUUGGAACAACAGAUCUUAAACUUGGAUAGGGACAUGCUGGAGAAACUCUCUUCUACUUACAAUGAAGCAGGAACAACAUGUCUAGUGGCCUUGUUGUCUGACAAGGAGCUGAUUGUGUCCAAUGUUGGGGACUCACGGGGGGUUUUAUGUGAUAAAAAUGGCAAUGCCAUUCCUCUGUCACAUGACCACAAGCCUUACCAGCUCAAAGAACGCAAAAGGAUCAAAAAGGCUGGUGGCUUUAUCAGUUUCAAUGGCUCUUGGCGUGUUCAAGGCAUCCUGGCCAUGUCACGCUCUCUGGGAGACUACCCCUUGAAGAAUCUCAAUGUUGUUGUCCCAGAUCCCGACAUCAUGUCCUUUGACUUGGACAAGCUUCAGCCUGAGUUUAUGAUCCUGGCGUCGGACGGCCUGUGGGACACAUUCAGCAAUGAGGAGGCUGUGCGUUUUAUCAGGGAUCGACUGGACGAGCCACAUUUUGGUGCCAAGAGCAUUGUCCUGCAGUCCUUCUAUAGAGGCUGCCCUGACAACAUCACUGUUAUGGUUGUCAAGUUUAAAGGCAAGUCUACUGAGAAGUAGACCUGCAUAGAAUAGAACAGAGGUAGAAUGGUAACCUCAUUCAAACAAAAGGUACAAGCUCUUUUCUUAUGUCAAAUGUUGAAAUAAUCACUUAAGUUGGCCAAUUCUUUCAUUGCUAUGACAGUUUUGAGAAUAUAUUUGUGCUUAAAAUAUUUUAAGUGAGAGAAAAGAUGGAAGUAUAUUAUUUUUUGUCCAUUAAUAAAAAUAAAUUGACAUUUUUUAUAUUUUUUUCAACUGGAUUGAGAUUCUUUUUUCUAUGAAAACAUAUUUUGCAUUUUAAUGUAAUCCAAUAGUUUAUUUCCACACUGACACACAUAUCAAGAUUAACUGCUGUUUAAGUUGCUGAUGACUAUCUCGCCAUAAUUGUGCAAGCUUGUUAUUUCCCUUCAUUACAGUGAAAUAAUAAUAUGCAUAUUUAUAAGUAUGCAUAUUCUUGUUGUACAGCAAUAGAAGCAUUGGCAUUGAUAACACUUUGUAUGCCUUUUUUGAUGAUUGUAAUUGAAAUGCAUUUGUUUGUAAGCAAAGAUGAAUAUGCCACUUGUGCAAAAGUGUAUAUAAAUCUAUUCAUCUACUACAAAUCUACUGUGACAAAUCAUGCACAACUAAAUGUAAAAGAGUCAUCCCUGUCUGACGGUUUUGAUUGAUUAUAUCGCAUUUAAAUCUUAACAUUGCAGAUGUAAGCCUUGAAUGGUAGAUGUUUUAAUGCCUUAAUUUUCAUGUUUCCAUAAUGUGCUGCCAAAAUCAUUUCAUGCUCUAAUGAUUUAACACUAUAGUUGGUGGUAUAAAGCAAAUCAGACCACCUUGAACUUUAAAAAUUGUGCAGGUUUUUUUUUGUAAAUAAAAAGAGCAACAUAUAGCUGUUCAUAUAAAUUUCUUGAAAAUGUAUGUUCAGAAUAAAUGUGAGACAUCUGAAUUUGUAGUUUUUAUCAUUAAUUAAAAGCCAAUCGAAGUGCAAUUCUAAUACAGAAAAUCACUGCAUUUGGAUGACUGCAAUUUAUUAUUACUGUAUUACAUUUAUUCUUAUUGGUUGUAAAUAGAUGAUUAUUGGUUGCUACUACUCACUAUCCUUUCUUUAUGUAAAAAAGCGCACUUGCCAUACAAUAAAUGUAAACAUUUGCCCAAAAAAAGUCUA